AUGUGGUUUGACUUGCAGGACCACGUCCUCGUAAACACACAAUUACGUUGUGUCGGAUCGAAUGGAAGUGGAGUGUUCCAGAAGGCGUCGGCGAUCGGAAGAAAGGUGCCCCUUGCCACCCUAAGAAAUCCACAAUCGAAUCCAACUACCGUGUCCCUACGAAAUCCGAGCGAUUGCCCCGUGGCAAAAGAAUCCGCGACCGCAAAAAUAGGACGGGCGUUUAAUCUCCGACCCCCUUUCGUCAGGUUGAUUGAUCUAUUGGUCUAUCGAUCGGGACUAGACAUGGAUGUUCGCGCUAUAUCAAGCCCAAAGUAA